UGUUGCCAAGGGAAACAGCCGCGAGGAGGCGGAAGGAGCCGAGGACCCGCAGCCGGCGUCUAGGCGGCGCGCGGGAACGACUGCGGCCAUGGCGGCCUCGGGGCCCGGGUAUCGCAGCUGGUGCUUGUGUCCCGAGGUGCCAUCCGCCACCUUCUUCACUGCGCUGCUCUCGCUGCUGGUGUCCGGGCCUCGCCUGUUCCUGCUGCAGCCGCCCCUGGCGCCCUCGGGCCUCACGCUGAAGUCCGAGGCCCUGCGCAACUGGCAAGUUUACAGGCUGGUAACCUACAUCUUCGUCUACGAGAAUCCCAUCUCCCUGCUCUGCGGCGCUAUCAUCAUCUGGCGCUUUGCUGGCAAUUUCGAGAGAACCGUGGGCACCGUCCGCCAUUGCUUCUUCACCGUGAUCUUCGCCAUCUUCUCCGCUAUCAUCUUCCUGUCAUUUGAGGCUGUGUCAUCACUGUCGAAGCUAGGGGAGGUGGAGGAUGCCAGAGGCUUCACCCCAGUGGCCUUUGCCAUGCUGGGAGUCACCUCCGUCCGUUCUCGGAUGAGGCGGGCCCUGGUGUUUGGCAUGGUUGUGCCCUCAGUCCUGGUGCCAUGGCUCCUGCUGGGUGCCUCAUGGCUCAUUCCCCAGACCUCUUUCCUCAGUAAUGUUUGCGGGCUGUGCAUUGGGCUGUCCUACGGCCUCACCUACUGCUAUUCCCUCGACCUCUCAGAGCGAGUCGCGUUGAAGCUGGAUCAGACAUUCCCCUUCAGCCUGAUGAGGAGGAUAUCCAUGUUCAAGUACGUCUCAGGGUCUUCAGCCGAAAGGAGGGCAGCUCAGAGCCGCAAUUUCAUGAUCAACAUGGGGGACUCCAACAUGGACACCAGCUCCACUGUGUCCGAGGCAGCGGCCGAAGAAGUGUCUCUUUUCAGCAUGAUGGACAUGAUUCUGUUUUCACUCAUCGUGGCUCUCCUAACCUACUGGUUCCUCUUUAGAAAGAAAAAAGAAGAAGUCCCUGAGUUCACCAAAAUUCAGACAUUGACCUCCUCUGUCAAAGAGAGCAGCUUCGUGGAAAAGAUGAAGAAAACGGGGAGGAACAUCAUCGUGUUCUACGGCUCCCAGACGGGCACUGCGGAGGAGUUUGCCAACCGCCUGUCCAAGGACGCCCACCGCUACGGGAUGCGAGGCAUGGCAGCGGACCCUGAGGAGUACGACUUGGCUGACCUGAGCAGCUUGCCAGAGAUUGAAAACUCCCUGGUGGUUUUCUGCAUGGCCACCUACGGCGAGGGGGACCCCACGGACAACGCCCAGGACUUCUACGACUGGCUCCAGGAGACGGACAUGGAUCUCUCUGGGGUCAAGUUUGCGGUGUUUGGUCUUGGGAACAAGACCUACGAGCACUUCAAUGCCAUGGGCAAGUACGUGGACAAGCGGCUGGAGCAGCUCGGCGCCCAGCGCAUCUUUGAUCUGGGUUUGGGUGACGACGACGGGAACCUGGAGGAGGACUUCAUCACCUGGCGAGAGCAGUUCUGGCCGGCCGUGUGCGAGCACUUUGGGGUGGAAGCUACUGGCGAGGAGUCCAGCAUUCGCCAGUAUGAGCUUGUGGUCCACAGUGACAUAGACGCGGCCAAGGUGUACAUGGGGGAGAUGGGCCGGCUGAAGAGCUACGAGAACCAGAAGCCCCCCUUUGAUGCCAAGAAUCCGUUCCUGGCUGCAGUCACCACCAACCGGAAGCUGAACCAGGGAACCGAGCGCCACCUCAUGCACCUGGAGUUGGACAUCUCGGACUCCAAAAUCAGGUAUGAAUCUGGGGACCAUGUGGCUGUGUACCCUGCCAACGACUCAGCCCUCGUCAACCAGCUGGGUAAGAUCCUGGGUGCCGACCUGGACGUCGUCAUGUCCCUCAACAACCUGGAUGAGGAGUCCAACAAGAAGCACCCCUUCCCGUGCCCCACGUCCUACCGCACGGCCCUCACCUACUACCUGGACAUCACCAACCCACCACGCACCAACGUGCUGUAUGAGCUGGCACAAUACGCCUCGGAGCCCUCGGAGCAGGAGCUGCUGCGCAAGAUGGCCUCCUCCUCUGGCGAGGGCAAGGAGCUGUACCUGAGCUGGGUGGUGGAGGCCCGGAGGCACAUCCUGGCCAUCCUGCAGGACUGCCCGUCCCUGCGGCCCCCCAUCGACCACCUGUGUGAGCUGCUGCCGCGCCUGCAGGCCCGCUACUACUCCAUCGCCUCCUCCUCCAAGGUCCACCCCAACUCUGUGCACAUCUGCGCCGUGGUUGUGGAGUACGAGACCAAGGCCGGCCGCAUCAACAAGGGCGUGGCCACCAACUGGCUGCGGGCCAAGGAGCCUGCCGGGGAGAAUGGUGGCCGUGCGCUGGUGCCCAUGUUCGUGCGCAAGUCCCAGUUCCGCCUGCCCUUCAAGGCCACCACGCCCGUCAUCAUGGUGGGCCCCGGCACUGGUGUGGCCCCCUUCAUGGGCUUCAUCCAGGAGCGAGCCUGGCUGCAACAGCAGGGCAAGGAGGUGGGGGAGACGCUGCUGUACUACGGCUGCCGCCGCUCGGAUGAGGACUACUUGUACCGCGAGGAGCUGGCGCAGUUCCACAAGGACGGCGUGCUCACCCAGCUCAACGUGGCCUUCUCCCGGGAGCAGCCCCGCAAGGUCUAUGUCCAGCACCUGCUAAAGCAGGACGGAGAGCACCUGUGGAAGCUGAUCGAGGGCGGCGCCCACAUCUACGUCUGCGGGGAUGCGCGGAACAUGGCCAGGGACGUGCAGAACACCUUCUGCGACAUCGUGGCUGAGCUCGGGGCCAUGGAGCACGCGCAGGCUGUGGACUACAUUAAGAAGCUGAUGACCAAGGGCCGCUACUCCCUCGACGUGUGGAGCUAGGGCCCAGCCCAUCCCGCCCGCCCCCGCAGGCUAUGGCCUGUAAUCACUCUCGCUCCCUCCCACAGUCUCCUGGGUGGGUUCGGCUUGGCACAGGCGCAGGCCCAGUGACAAAGACUCCUCCGGGCCUGGGGUUCACCCUCCUGAGCCUCCCAGGCCAUGUGAGGUCCACCAGGGUCUGCAGCGGCCAGGACACUGGGUCCCACGCCUUGGGACGGCGCCAGCCCUUGGUGGCCGCACAGGAGGGCUCUUUCUCUCAGCUGAGCUGGGCCCAGCCGCUCCACGUGAUUUGCAAUGAGUGUAAAUAAUUUUAAAUAACCUCUCGCCCUUGGAAUAAAGUUCUGUUUUCUG